AUGGGAGAGUACUCGCAAGCACUUUUAUCUUACGAAAAAGCACUUGAAAUUCAAAAAAAAACUCUUUCUGCAAAUCAUCCCGAUUUGGCUACUUCAUACAGCAACAUCGGUUCGGUAUAUGACGAAAUGGGAGAGUACUCGCAAGCACUUUCAUCUCACGAAAAAGCCCUAGAAAUUGAUCAAAAGACUCUUCCUCCAAAUCAUCCUGAUUUGGCUACUUCAUACAACAACAUUGGUUUGGUGUAUGAGCACAUGGUAGAGUACUCGAAAGCACUUUCAUAUCACGAAAAAGCACUUGAAAUUCGAGAAAAAACUCUUUCUUCAAAUCAUCCUUCAUUGGCUACUUCAUACAACAACAUUGGUUUGGUGUAUGACGAGAUGGAAGAGUACUCAGAAGCACUUUCAUAUCACGAAAAAGCACUUGAAAUUCGAAAAAAUACUCUUCCUCCAAACCAUCCUGCUUUGGCCACCUCAUACAACAAUAUCGGUCGUGUGUAUGAGCACAUGAGAGAGUAUUCAAAAGCACUUUCAUUUUACGAAAAGGCACUUGAAAUUGAUCAAAAAACUCUUUCUUCAAAUCAUCCUGAUUUGGCUACUUCAUACAACAACAUCGGUAGUGUGUAUAAGCACAAGGGAGAGUACUCGCAAGCACUUUCAUAUUACGAAAAAGCGUUGGAAAUUCGAGAAAAAUCUCUUCCUCCAAAUCAUCCUUCAUUGGUUACUUCAUAUAGCAACAUCGGUGGUGUGUAUAAGCACAUGGGAGAGUACUCAAAAGCACUUUCAUAUCACGAAAAAGCACUUGAAAUUCAACAAAAAACUCUUUCUUCAAAUCAUCUUGAUAUGGCUAUUUCUUACAACAAUAUCGGUUGGCUGUACGAACACAUGCGAGAGUACUCAAAAGCACUUUCACUUUACGAAAAGGCACUUGAAAUUGAGCAACAAACUCUUUCUUCAGAUCAUGCUGAUUUGGCUACUUUAUACAACAACAUCGGUAGUGUUUAUAAGCACAUGGGAGAGCACUCAAAAGCACUUUCAUAUCACGAAAAAGCACUUGACAUCCGACAGAAAACUCUUUCUUCAGAUCAUGCUGAUUUGGCUACUUCAUACAACAACAUCGGUAGUGUGUAUAAGCACAUGGGAGAGUACUCAAAAGCACUUUCAUAUCACGAAAAAGCACUUGAAAUUCAACAAAAAACUCUUUCUUCAAAUCAUCCUGAUUUGGCUACUUCAUACAACAACAUCGGUAGUGUGUAUAAGCACAAGGGAGAGUACUCGCAAGCACUUUCAUAUUACGAAAAAGCGUUGGAAAUUCGAGAAAAAACUCUUUCUUCAAAUCAUCUUGAUUUGGCUAAUUCGUACAACAACUGCGCUGAUUUAUAUUGUGGUAUGAAAGACCAUUCGAAAGCACUAUCAUAUUUUGAACGUGCCGUGGACAUAUACCAGCGUGUAUUACCUGCAGUUCAUCCUGAUAUAAAAACUGUGAAGAACAAUAUUGAUAUUGCAAAAAAAUUAUAA